AUGGACCAGCCUCACGGCUGUUUACCACCCCACCUCUACUAUCGCGUCACCAUCUCCGAGCACACCACCUCCACUCCCAUCAACGAGUGGGUGCUUCCCUUCGUACACAGGAUUGGCGAUGGCUGCGACCAUGCAGGAGGUCUGACAACAGCCUACAAUCUCUUGCGCGACCAAGAAGAUGCCGAGGACCUAGGCGAUUUCAUCCACGACCGAAUCCGUCAGCUCCAAGGUGAUCACGAUCACAAUCACGAUCACGAUCACGACCUCGAGCUUGCUUAUACUUCUGAUGAUGCUACUUCUGGAACUGCGGCAGUCCAAGAUCCCAUCUCGGCAAGUCUUUACGCCUGCACAGAGUGA